UCGCUGAACACAGAUCUUGUUAUUGAGAAGAAGAGGAAGAGAGAAACUUUGCGUCCUUGAUAUAGAGAUUUGCUGCCCGCCGAAGGACGCCAAGGCCGGAGAACGCCGUCGGUCUUAGUCUCCACCAAACUCCGACGAUCUGACUUUCUCGAGCAUCUAGCCAUCUCCAUCCACACAGCGCCUAUCCCUUUCUGUUACCUCACGUCGUUCUGCUGUGAUUUAGUUCUUCAGCACGAGUAGAUAUCGAGCCUCUAGCCAUCGUGGAAUCCGGUAACUUCGCGCGUCACACCCGUCUCCUCCCACCCGCCACCAAACAUGGACGCCGUCGCAAUUCAAGAUGCCAACAAGAUCAGAGUCGCCAUGGGCCUUGCGCCUCUACCCGUACCUGGUGAAGAAGGUCUCCAGUUCAAAUCAAAAGAUGACGGGGAAGAGUCAGACCCAGAUGACAUGAGCACACUGGAAAAGCGCCAGGCUGCCGCUGGUGACAAUUGGAAGAAGCUGCAAGAUGAGGAGAAAGUAAGACAAGAGCGUCUGGCUCGCAAGGAAGCUCUCAAGAAGGCACGCGACAUCGAGUUACGGAAUGCGAAGCUGGAGGGCCAAGGUCUUGGAGAUGCAGAAGAGGCGGACAUGGACACAAAGACUUGGCUAUUGCAGCAGAAGAAGCGUCAAAAGAAGAUCGAGAAGGCGAGAAAGUACGAAGAAGAGCAGGCUGAGUUGGAACGACAAGCACAAGCAGAGUACUCGGCCAAGGACUUGGCCGGUGUCAAGGUCGCCCACGAGCUGGAUCAGUUUGACGCAGAAGGCGAACAGAUCUUGACCUUGAAAGAUGCUGCUAUUGGCGACGAGAGCGAAGACGAUGAACUCGAAAACUUGGAUCUCCGAGCGAAAGAGCAGCUGCAAGAGAAGCUGGAGCGCAAAAAGAACAAGCCUGUGUAUAACCCGAACGACAUGGAUGAUGGCAACCGAUCCAUCCUUGCGCAUUACGAUGAGGAGAUUGACGGCAAGAAAAAGAAGGCUUUCACACUUGACACGUCUGGCGCCAUUGACCAAGCUGCUGUCGCUGCACAAAGGGAAGCCGCAGAAGCCGAGCGCAUAGGCGUCAAGGGAAUCAAAUUCAGCUUGGAUGAGCUCAAGGACGACACUCCCAUCUCAGACUAUCAGGACCCUUCAACUGCCAAAAUUCGAAAGCCCAAGAAGCCAAAGAAGGCCAAGACCUCUCGUACAAAGGCUGCCGAUGAGGACGAUAUUUUCCCUUUGCCUGCACAACAAGCUUCGGGAGACCAGAUGGAUAUCGACGGGCAGGCGACAUCGAACGGUGCUGCUAAGAAACGUACCUUUGAAACCUUCGAUGAUGAUGACCUGCAAGCCAAGCUGGCAGAGCAACGUAGGCAAGCAUUGAAGAAGCGUAAGAAGACUGAUGCUGCUGAGCUGGCUCGCCGCAUUCGUGAGGAAGAUACCGCAACACCCAUGGAAACAGCUGAAGAUGAUGAUGAACCUGGUCUUGUGAUUGAUGAGACCACCGAAUUUGUGUCCAACCUCAGACGCCCACAAUCACCAGAUUCUGCAGACGAGCGCACACGAGCCACCUCAACACCAGCUAUCGGUGAAACCCAAGACGAUGACGCGACUAUGCAAGAGUCCUACGCUGCGGUAGAAGACGAAGAAGACGCCCGAGCACGUCGUGAGGCCGAGGAACGAGAAUCAUCAGCACGACCAGCUAUGACGUCCACAGGUUUCGCAGACGAAGAAGACGUCACAUCCGGAGCAGGAGGUAUCCUCAAUAUGCUUCGCAAAAGAGGUCUUGUCCAAGACAGCGAUGCCGACAAAGCCAACGCAGCCGUCCGCGCACAACAACAGUUCCUCGCAGAGAAUCAAGCACUGGUUGACGAGUACGAUCGCAAGACAAGAGAAGAGCGCGAAGCAGACCGUAAAUCCGGCCGCUGGGAUCGCAUGUCUCACCGCGAGCGUGAAAACUACCAACGCCAGCAAAACGAGCAACGUGAUGCCUAUCUCGCGCAAUUGCAGGCUGAGCACUUCAAGCGCUCAUACAAGCCUAACGUUCAGCUUCGCUACAAUGACGAGGAUGGCCGUGAGAUGAACCAGAAGGAGGCUUUCAAGCAUCUGAGUCAUAGAUUCCACGGUAAAGGUAGUGGUAAGCAGAAGACGGAGAAGCGUAUGAAGAAGAAGCAGGAAGAGGAUGAUAGGCAGAGAAAAUCAUUGCUGGGCUUUACUGGUACAAACGAGGCUGUCGGCGCCACUGCUAAAAAGAACAGACAAGCUGGUGUCAGGUUGCAGUAGAGUACCACGGCUGUCAAGCUGAGGCAGUAGAUCUCCAUUCAUAGCAUCGCCUAUCUCACCUUUUUCUCAUCUGUGAGUAGAUUCUGUCCUUUCCUCAGCGAAAUGCUCUGCGUCGGUCUUUGGGAAGAAAGGAGUAAGGUGCGAGCUGAAACUGGCCGUCACAACAUCCUUCCACACUUGUCGCCGUCUUUUCCUCUCCCUCACGACCUUUCCACUUAUCU